AAAGCCACUUGGAUUACACGGAGGGACCAGAUCCAGCAGCCGCUGCCACCGUGCACUGUCCAAUGCUUGCUAUCUGCCCCUAACUGACAUAUCUAUAUACCCCUGCUUCAGUGCACGAUCUACCCCAGCUGCCCCACUAAACCCAAGCGUACUGUCCGAGUUCCCUAACCCCAUUCAACAUACAAAAGGCUGCUGCCCUCUCUCAGCUCCUGCUGCUCACCUAAGCCUGCAAACUCUACAUACCCCGAAGCCUCCACAUCUGCCCCUCCAGACACUCGGUGUGCGGAAGGUACGGCUCCCUGCAGCCGCGUAAAGAAGAGCCCAAGCUCCGUGAAGAGAGUCUGACCCCCCAUGAUGGAGUUUCCGGCUCAGACAGAGAUGGUGAACAUGUGCCUCAGUGGAAAACAGGCAGAGGCUUUGGGAACAGAGACCCCGGAGCCAAGUUUUACUGGAGCUGAGAACCAGGAGCUGGAGGAGUUUCUGCCACACGCACCCGGGAAGGAGAAGCCACGAUUUACAGACUUUGAGGGCAAGACGUCAUUUGGCAUGUCUGUGUUUAACCUCAGUAAUGCCAUCAUGGGCAGUGGCAUCCUGGGACUGGCCUAUGCCAUGGCUAAUACUGGAAUACUCCUCUUUCUAUUUCUGCUGACUGGUGUGGCUUUGCUGUCCACUUAUUCCAUCCACUUACUACUGAUAUCAUCAGGAAUUGUAGGUAUUCGUGCCUAUGAGCAGCUUGGUUACAAAGCUUUUGGAACCCCCGGAAAACUGGCUGCUGCCAUUGCCAUCACCCUACAGAACAUUGGAGCCAUGUCCAGUUAUCUGUACAUUGUAAAGUCUGAGCUGCCUCUCGUCAUCCAGACAUUCCUCAACCUUAAUGAGAAAACAUCGGACUGGUACAUGAAUGGGAAUUAUCUAGUGAUAAUGGUGUCUGCAUGCGUAAUCCUUCCACUGGCAUUGAUGAAACAACUUGGAUACCUGGGAUAUGCAAGUGGAUUCUCCCUCAGCUGUAUGUUGUUCUUUCUGUGCUCAGUAAUAUACAAGAAAUUCCAGAUCCCUUGCCCUGUGCCAUGGAGUAACAUGAACUACACUAUGGCUGACAACAUGACCUUGUUGACGGCUGGCUUGACCUAUCAGAAUGGACAGAGCCACGAGGCAGAGAUUGAAUCUACAGAAUGUUCACCAAAGAUGUUCACAAUAAACUCCCAGACAGCAUAUACAAUCCCCAUUAUGGCUUUUGCCUUUGUUUGCCAUCCAGAGGUCCUUCCCAUAUACACUGAGCUAAAAGAUGCAACCAAAAAGAAGAUGCAACGUGUGUCAAACAUCUCCAUCGCUGUCAUGUACUGCAUGUACUUCCUGGCUGCGCUCUUCGGAUACCUCACUUUUCAUGGCCACGUGGAGUCAGAGCUGCUGCACACGUACAGCUACGUGGAUCCCUUUGACAUCCUGAUUCUCUGUGUGCGAGUGGCUGUACUCACAGCCGUCACACUCACAGUGCCCAUCGUACUUUUCCCGGUGCGCCGUGCCAUCCAUCACAUGCUCUUCCAAAACAAGGAGUUCAGCUGGGUCAGACACACGCUUAUUGCCAUUCUGCUGCUCACAUUAAUUAAUCUGCUCGUUAUCUUUGCUCCAAACAUCCUAGGAAUCUUUGGGAUUAUAGGUGCUACAUCUGCUCCGUGCUUGAUCUUCAUAUUCCCAGCCAUCUUCUACAUUAGGAUCAUGCCCAAGGAUCGAGAGCCUAUGAAGUCCACACCAAAGAUACUGGCUGCCUGUUUCGCUGGCUUGGGAGUUCUUUUCAUGAUCAUGAGUCUAAGUUUUAUCAUCAUUGACUGGACAACUGGAAGCAGUAAAAGCAGUGGUAGCCACUAACCCUUACUACCAACACCACCAUUCCCCCAUCUUAUCUUACCCUGGGACCUCACACUAUUAAGUGACUUUGCUGCUGGCACAUCACAGUCACAGUCGGCAUGUGGGAUAUUGUUUUUCUUAUGUUCCUCUGGAAAGGUGUUACAAUGUGCAAUUCAGUUGUGUGGCUUUAACACCUGUGCACCUGGUGAUGUGGUAAUACAGAGGUAACAUAUUUAUUCGCCUAAUAGAGGAAUCAGCAUCCCUUAUACAUUUGCCAUCCUGCAAUGGGAAUGGAUGACGCGUUCCCUACUCGUUUUGCAGGAGCUGAGACUAAGAAUCAGUGGGUAAGAGGGUAAUCUGUGUGUCUUCUUCUUUAUUGUAACACCGUAAGGUAUGUGUGAGGGGUGGUUAUUUCAGUGAUCUAGCACUUUUUUGUAAACUUGGUUUUCGUGGAAACAUGCAGCUUGAGCCAGUAAAUAUGUAGGACCCGUUCUCCAGAGGCGAAUGUUGCAUUUCCCUCGCCAUAUCUGUUCCGCAAUUUACUAAACAGAAGAGAUUUCAUAAACUAAUCUUACAAAAAAAAACAACAGUGAAAGGGUCAAUACUGAGCACCUCCUUUUCCAGGCAUGUGGGGUGUUCUGCAGAGGGGUAAAUAUGGAUAAAUAGUAGACCAUUGUAAAUCAGGACAGAAGGAGGGAAUGAAAUGUUUUGGCCACAUAGUGUGGGAGAGAAGUGUGAAAGGGAGAAGGGGAUCAGAUCUCAGAUUCAAUUAGGGGAAAUAUCAGAGGCUCAUUGUUUGCACAAAGACUUUUAAAAAUUAGGAAAUCUAAAA